UAUUGCUUAGCAAAAAAGUAAUUUCAUUUGUAAAAAAAUUAAAAACAAAAUGAAAAAGUGAGUGUUUGAUUGAUAAGAGGCAUCAGUUCACAAAAAGUUUUGUUUCCGGAAAUAAAGUGUUUCAUGAUUUUCAUAUAACAUCUUGUGCGACGGCCUUUCGUUAGAGCGUUAUAGUUUUAAUAUUCCAAAACACAAAGGAUAUCACACCUCUAGCCACCUUUUACCAUUAGGCUGAUUUUGAUGAAAAUAUUUAAAACAGCAAUAAACUUCAGACAUUGCAAUUAGUAAAAAUAUAAUUGAAAUAUAAUUAAAAUAUAAUUAAAAUAAUCGAUGACGUAUAUGAAAAAGAUGAAAAUACUUUAGAUUUGAUAAACGACCAAAAAUACUUUUUAAAUCUGGACUCAUCUAGCAAUUUCAAUUUUGGAUCUACAUUUUCUCUUCCUAUGGCAUCCAAUUUCGAAUAUGACAUGACCUCUCGUUCUUGCGUGCUCAAAGUUGGAAUAUCACAUGCAUGUAUGAACUGUUCAGCUACAUUCCAAGACCGGGAACAACUUGAAACACACGAGUUAAUGCAUUCACCGACAGGCUCAGUGAAUUGCAAAAUAUGCAGCAAACAAUUUGCUAAUGUUUAUCGUUUGCAACGUCAUAUGUUGAGUCAUGAUGAAUCAGAUGAUCUACGAAAGUUCAAGUGUACAGAUUGUGACAAAGCCUUUAAGUUUAAGCAUCAUUUAAAAGAGCACCUUAGAAUUCAUUCUGGAGAGAAACCUUUUGGAUGCUCUAAUUGUGGUAAACGAUUUUCGCACAGUGGUUCAUUCUCUAGCCAUAUGACUUCAAAAAAAUGCAUAAAUAUGGGAUUAAAGAUCAAUGAAUCAAACGAAUCUUCAACAAACAAAAAUGAAAUUGGUUACUUAGGUAUUGAUGCCCAACAAUUUUUGCCAUUUUCCAAUAGCAACGCUGCUGCAGCUUUUCUUGCAUCAUUUCCGAACCCAUUUUUGUCUAUAGCUCCUUUAAAUCCAAACCCUUUUAGUAUUCAACAACUCUUAGAACAAUCUGCUGCUAUUUUAAACAAACAUAAUGUAAAAAAACAAGAAGAGAAAAAUAUAAGCUCAGACACAGAAGAUAUGAAUGCAGAUGAAGUAAAUGAUGAAGAACGGCUCGUCAUGGAUAUAAAUGACCCAAGCUUAAUCAGCGAAUCAGAAAUAUUAAGUGAAAAGAAUACCAAUUUAUCUCCUGCUUAUUCAGGACAAAUUUGCAACCUCAACAUAAGACAAGAAAAAGGGGAUUUAAAGUGCAGCCGGUGUGAUAAAACUUUUGAUCACCCAACUCAGUUGGUACAGCACGAAAAAGUGCUAUGCACCUCAUUGCAUGCUAAUCAAACAAGUGACAGAAAUACAGAUAUUGAAACAUCUAAAAAUUACAUUAAAAAUAUUUUUCCGUUAUUUUGUGGGCCAUCCGGAAGUGAUAAUGAUGAUAAUGAAGACCAAGAAUCAAAGUUUUCGGGAGAGUCGGAACGUAAAGUAAGAGUACGUACGGCUAUUUCGGACGACCAACAAAUUGUUUUAAAGAGACAUUAUGCCAUUAAUGCACGUCCAAAUAGAGAUGAAUUUCGCAGUAUCGCAGACCAAUUACAUCUUGAUCCUCGAGUUGUUCAAGUAUGGUUCCAAAACAACAGAUCUCGUGAAAGAAAACUGGAAAAUUCAAGUUACUUUAAAAAAAAUCCCCAACAAAAACUUGUUGCAGAUUUCGAUGAACCAUUAGAUUUAUCGUUAAAAAAAGAAUCAAUAUCCAUGAAAAACAAAAAUACAUCGGAUAUAUUUUCUUGCAAUGAUGUACCAUCGAUUGAUGAAGCGAUUAACUUGAGCCACAAAUCUUUGAAAAAGAACACACAUUCUUCGUACACUUACAAAUGGAACUCACACAAUCUAUUACGUCAAAUACCAGUAGCUAAUGAAGUUCCAACAGUAAAUGUGAAAAUACAACCAAACAAUCGAAAUUUGACCAGCAAUGGAUUGGAUAUGAUUCCAAUGGAGCAACUUUUUCAAAUAGUUCCUGAAAUGGCUAGGAAUCAAUUUUUGAACUAUACAUCAAAUGAUGGAAUAAGACGCUCUAGUAUAUCUCCAUCUAGCUCGGGGAAACGGUCGUGGAAAGACGAUGACUCUCGUGUAUCUUAUGAUGAUGACAAAAUAAGUAAUGCAAGUGGAGUGGGGAAAAAAUUAUAUGCUUCUUCUGAUAUUAAAGAACCUCCAAAUUCUGAAGGCAUGUACGUUUGUGAUUUAUGUGAAAAAGCUUUCCACAAACAAAGCUCCUUAGCAAGACAUAAAUAUGAACAUUCAGGUCAACGUCCUUAUAAAUGCUUAGAAUGUCCAAAAGCUUUUAAACAUAAGCAUCAUUUAACGGAACAUAAGAGACUUCACACUGGAGAAAAACCGUUUCAAUGCUGCAAAUGUCUAAAAAAAUUUUCACAUUCAGGCAGCUACAGUCAACAUAUGAACCAUCGAUAUUCAUAUUGUAAGCCCUAUAGAGAGUAAUGCACAAGGCAUCAGAUUUAACAAUUUUCGUCAAAUAAUUACAUCAUUCCGCCCACGAUAAUAAUAAGUGAUACUCAAAACAAAAAAAAAAAAUAUUUGUAUUUCUUUAUUG